AUGCAAUUCAAUCUCUUUCCAUCACUCAUUCAUAUUUGGUGCAUCGUGUUUGUCUUUCUCAUCAUCGAAAACAGCGGCACUACUGCAAGCGACAAGGACAUUGAGAAACGCUUACAAGCUGAACUCCUCGCAUUAGGAUUUCCCAAUGGACAAUUGCCUACACUUGUGCCUGCUCUGGGAAAUUAUGUCGAUGUUGUCGAAGUCAACAAACUCUUGUUUCUCUCCAGUGCCGCACCGCAAACGCCACAAGGUACUUUUGUCAAAGGCCGAGUUCCGAACGAAGUUAGUGUGGCCGAUGCGAUAACUGCUUCCAAACUAGCAUGUGCACGUCAAGUGAAUAGAAUGAAAACCUAUCUAGGUGAUCUCAGUAAAGUGAAGAAAAUUGUCUUCAUCAAUGGUAAGGUACAAUCACAGUCUGAUUUUACUAAUCAUACUGUUGUUGUCGAUGGAUGUUCGACGUUUUUGGUCAAUGUGUUCGGUGAGAAAGUCGGCAAACAUGCACGCACAAGUGGUGGAUUAACAUCUUUACCAUUCAAUGUUACGAUCGAAGUUGAAAUCAUCGUACAAAGGAAAUAA